CCCGCCGCCAAAACCUCCCCACGCAGCACCAGCCAUCCACGUCCGCACCGCACCAGCAGCUAGCAGCAGCACCGCAGCAGCGGCCGACGACAACUCGCUUACUGAUGGCGUCGCUCACCAUGAUGGCGCCCUCCUUCGCGGCAGUGGCGGCGGCCGCACCCUCCCGCCGCGGCAGUCUCGCCGUGGCCAGGGCCGCCAAGGUCGAGCGCGGCCACCAGCAUCAGGAGCCCGCGAGGCUGGCGGCGGCCGCCGCCGGGGAGGCGCCCGCCGAGGGGCGCCGCGCCGUGAUGCUCGCGGCGGCGGCGGCGGCCGUCGCGGCCGUCGGCGGCGCCGGCGCCGCCACGGCGGGCCCCAAGAACGGGAGCCCCGAGGCGAAGAAGAAGUACGCGCCCAUCUGCGUCACCAUGCCCACCGCCAAGGUCUGCCACAACUGAGGCCUAGGCCGAGCACGCUACGCGAGCUGCUGGUAUGGUAUAUAACGCGCGCGCGCCGCACGGUUCGCCUCUCCCUGUUGAUGCAUGAUUCUUCGAGCUUAGAUGAGACGGCUUGCAUGGCCCGGUCGCCAUGGACGGUCUCAAAGUUGUAAUAAUAUUGUUGCAAAUUUGAAGAUAAAACCGUUCCUGCUUCGUUACA